AAACAACUAUCGCACCAACAAUUAUGGCUUCUUGGUACACCAAUGAGACGACACAUCAGGCUUUUGAUAACAAGCCUACGCCGUUGAUCAGCUUUGGCCAGCCAUUUCAAGAAAUAUGUCUCAAACAGAUCCAAGACAGGUUCAAAAGCUCACGGGUUUUCAUCAUAGCAUCUCGCUCGUUGUCGAAGAACACUUCCUACGUUGAGGACCUCAAAUCUGCCCUGGGAGAUCGCAUUGCUGGCGUUCAUAUCGGCAUCUCACCGCAUACGCCGAUUCCGGAAAUCGUGGACAUCUUGGCUGAAGUCAAGCCCCUCAACAUCGACUGCAUCGUAACUUUGGGUGCAGGAAGUAUCACCGACGGAGCCAAGCUCGUGCGGUUCGCUAUUGCAAAUGAUACUUGGACCGAAGAGGAGGUCGGUACGCUCUGGGGCGGCAAGUCGCACAACCCUCACAAACGGGAGGAUUUGCACAAACCUACGAUUCCGUUGAUCUGCAUCCCGACUUCGCUUUCUGGUGGUGAAUACCAGGCCAUAGCCGGAGCGACAGACUCAAAGAGCAAAGCCAAACACACCUUUGAGCCAAACGUUGAUCCCGACUUGGUCAUACAAGACCCGCAGUUAACAACCAUGACACCACAAAAGAUCUGGCUCAGCACCGGUAUCCGUUCCGUUGACCAUUGCGUUGAGACUCUAUGCUCAUUGCAGAGUAACGAUGAUGGUGAUGCAUGGGCAGCCAGAGGUCUAGAGAAGUUAAUCUCUGGGCUUCUACGAUGCAAGCAUGACUCUCAGGAUCUCAACGCCCGCCAUCUUUGUCAAACCGGCGUCGUCGAAGCCAUGCGCGCUGUUUCUUCAGGUGUACCUCUCGGCGCAAGCCACGCGAUAGGCCAUCAGCUUGGACCCUUAAACGUCGGCCACGGCGAGACGAGCUGCAUCCUCCUACCAGCAGUCUGCAUGUUCAACGCCCGCAAGAACGCCAACAACGAUCGUCAGAAACGUACAGUGGACAUUCUGUUAAAGCAGGACACUGUAAAAUCUCUACUGGCUGAGAAGAAGGUUUCGGAGGAAGGUGUUGAUCUUGGGGAUAUUCUUGAUCUGAUCAUUCGGGAAUUAGAAAUGCCACGGACUUUGAAGGAUGUUGGUGUUACGUCUGAGCAUUUCCCUGGUUUGGCUGAGAAUAGUCUUAAUGAUAUUUGGAUCAAGACGAAUGCUUAUCCAAUUACGAAGACGGACGAGGUUAUGGAGAUUUUGGAAGCUGUUGCUGGCAAUUGAGUAAUUAUUUAUGUAGGCUGGACUUUGGGUGGCCCAGUACCAGCGCAAGUGGCCCAUGACAACCCCAUUCAAGGAUCACUUCAAGACACAAUACGCAUAGUUAUGUCAUCAAUUUGGCUUUUACUCUAUCC